CAUGGAUGCAAAAUUGCAAGUUAGAUGUGGCAAUUGCCACGAAGAACAAGAUCAAUAAUGAAUUGUUAGAAGUUGGACGAGAAGGAUUUAGGUAUAUAAGGUCUGGAAUCCAUUCAACCAAACCAUAUCCCUCAUUCUUUGGAGAUCAUCAAUUCAUUCUUUUCCAAGUCUUUCAUUCCUUAGUAUCGACUUGUCGCUCAUUCAAAAUGCUCUCCAACAUUCUUUUCUCACUCUUUGCCAUUGCACCUCUUUGUGCCAGCGCUAUGCCCAUGGGUAACCAUGCUCGCAGCAGCAAACACGGUCAUGUCCACGUGGCCGAGACUGCCAAGAAGUCUGCUUACAACGUCACUGCUGCUAUCGACGAAGCCAUUGCUGCUUUGGGCGAUACGUCUUCGAAGAUUCGUGUCGCUCGUGACGGUGGUUUCGAGAACGGUGUGUACGACUGUUCCGACUUUCCCGAAGACCAGGACGGUGUGGUUCGCCUCGACUAUCUUGGCUUCGGCGGUUGGACUGGUGUCCAAAAGAAUGACGGUGCUUACGGUACUGCCGAGACCUGUCAGGACAACACUUAUUGCUCGUACGCAUGCAAGCCUGGUAUGUCAAAGACUCAAUGGCCUUCCGAUCAGCCCUCGAACGGUGUCUCCGUUGGUGGUUUGCUUUGCAAGGACGGAAAGCUUUACCUCACACAGAACGGUACCAGUUCGUUGUGUAAGUCGGACGAUGACUCCGCAUACGUGAAGAAUACUUUGGGUGAGGGUGUCGCUAUCUGCCGGACGGACUACCCCGGUACAGAGAACAUGGUUGUUCCCACUUUCAUUGAUGGUGGAAGUCAGCAACCACUCUCUGUUGUCGACAGUUCAUCUUACUACACUUGGAAGGGUGGUGAGACGUCCGCGCAAUACUAUGUCAACAAGAAGGGCAAGACCGCUGAGGAAGCCUGUGUCUGGGGUAACGAGGGUGACGAUUACGGAAACUGGGCUCCCAUGAACUUCGGUUCUGGCCUUAAGGAUGGUAAGACCUGGAUUUCCAUGUUCAUCAACCCCCUUGCCACUUCUACGCUUGACUACAACAUUCGUGUCAAGUCUGACGGUGGUGAACUCAGCAGUGAGUGCUAUUAUGAGGACGGUGAAUUCCACAAUGCUGACAGCAGCGAUGGUUGCACUGUUGCUGUCACCGGUGGUAGUGCCUACUUUGAGUUCUACUAAGCAGUUAUUACUCCUGCUGGCAGAUGCUUAAAGUAAGCCAAAAAUUCAUUUUCUCCAUUAGACGAUCCGUUGUAGCACUUUCUCUCCUUCUUUCUCCUUCUUGUUUAUGACUCGGUUUAUUUCUCUUUUUGGCUUUUGGAAAACGAAAAAUAUAACAAAUCUCCGCACUGUUCAGCACAUCGCAGUAGACUAGUCAUAAAACCAAAAAAAUAACAUAAAUUUUGUUUUCCGGAAA